AUGGACGACUCAUGGCAAGAAACAGCAUUUUCCUCUCGCCACAUGCAUAAUCGCCAAUCCCGCAACACUGGCUCCAAAUCAACCGGCGGAAAAUCAAAACGCACCACCUUUGACGUGCGCAAGACAUUUGGAAGUUAUACUGUUAAGUGUCCUGCUUGGUAUAAACUCUAUACCUCUGGUGAUGGUGUAUCUUCUGGCGAACAAGAGGCAGUGUUGGAAUUGUAUAGAUUGACGGAAUGUGGGACUGGUGUGGUGGGGGAAAUGGUAUUGCCUGGAGUACUAAGGGCGGCAGUACUUUUGGCGGCGAGUAGAAAGAGUUUACAGGGGAUCUUGGAGAGGUUGGAACCUGUUGAUGCAAAGGAAGAAGACGACAACGAAGACGAAGAUCAAAACAGCGAUGAAGAAAGUGACGAAGAAGAACAAGACUCAGAACACCAACCCUCCGACCGCUUCUCAACCUUUGAAAAGAACAGUUUCAGAGAGCCAAAGUUUUGGCUGCGGUGGAAUGGAGUAUUAGAGUCAAUGGCAACAAAAGAAGAAAAGGCAGAGUCGGGACUGGGCUAUAUCAUCUUUCCGAGCAACGAUUGUCGCAAGUUCAAAGGCACGUUGAAUUGUGCUUCGUUGGAGUGGAAGGAUGUCGCUUUCUCUGGGCAUAAGAUUGCGCCUAGAUCAGAGUCUGAUAUCCCAGUUGCUUGGGGCGUCAAUGAGGUGCCUAUGUGA